UGGCCAGCUCUUUCUCGCUCGUCUUUCUGUCUCGCCUGCUAGGCUCAGCGGGGCCGGAUUUUAAACCUCGCCCUAGGCGCUGAGGCUCCCCACCACCCUCCCUGUGCGGGCAGGGCGCGGGGCCUGGGGGCUGACGGGGGCCCCGGCAGCGCUCUCCGGGGCCGGGUUGGGACGCUGGCUGGCGAGUCCCGGCUCCGGCCCCUGAAUUGGGGGGUCCGCGUCGGCCCCAAACGCCGCUUUCUUCCGUUUUCCAUGUCAUUUCCUGUACUAAUAAGAUGGUGGUCAAAGCAGGGGAGGGGAGCAGCAGCGAGUCGCCGCCGCCGCCGUCGCCGCGCCGAGGCUGGCGCUGAAAACUUUGCCUCGCCGGGGACCCGCGCGCUCCCGCAGCGCCGGCCGCUCCCGCCGCGGGGGCCGCCAGCCUCGGGGGGCCGCGCCGCCUCCGCCGAGCCGCCCGCCGGGCCGCCCGCGUCGCCCGGGCCCCGCGGCUGCCGCAGCAUUGCCGGGAAGGACAGAAUGACUGAGAACAUGAAGGAGUUCUUGGCCCAGACCAAGGCUGCCAUGGGGGACACGGUGACGGUGGUGAAGACCGAGGCCUAUUCUCCAUUGCAUGACCAGGACUAUGGCCAGCCCUGCUCCAGGAGACCCGAUGCCUCCAUCAUGGAAGUUGAGCCCAAGAAGCUGAAGGGGAGGCGUGACCUCAUCGUGCCUAAAAGCUACCAGCAGGUGGACUUCUGGUUCUGCGAGUCCUGCCAGGAGUACUUCGUGGACGAGUGCCCGAACCACGGCCCCCCUGUGUUUGUGUCCGACACACCGGUGCCCAUGGGCAUUGCGGAUCGGGCGGCCCUCACCAUCCCACAGGGCAUGGAGGUGGUCAAGGAAGCCAGCGGCGAGAGUGACGUGCGUUGCCUCAGUGAUGUCAUCCCCAAGGGCCACAUCUUCGGCCCCUACGAGGGGCAGAUCUCCACACAGGACAAGUCAGCCGGCUUCUUCUCGUGGCUGAUUGUGGACAAGAACAACCGCUACAAGUCCAUCGACGGGUCGGAUGAGACGAAAGCCAACUGGAUGAGGUACGUGGUCAUCUCCCGGGAGGAGCGGGAACAGAACCUCCUGGCCUUCCAGCACAGCGAGCACAUCUACUUCCGGGCGUGCCGGGACAUCCAGCCUGGGGAGCGCCUGCGGGUCUGGUACAGCGAGGACUACAUGAAGCGGCUACACAGCAUGUCCCAGGAGACCAUCCACCGCAACCUGGCCAGAGGAGAGAAGAGGUUGCAGAGGGAGAAGGCUGAGCAGGCUCUGGAUAGCCCAGAAGACCUGAGGGGUUCCAAUCAGCUCCCUGUGUUGAGACAGGGCAAAAGUCCCUACAAGCGCAGCUUGGAUGAGGGGGAUAUGCAGCCCCAUGCCAAGAAGAAGAAGAUUGACCUCAUAUUCAAGGAUGUGCUGGAGGCCUCGCUGGAGUCUGCCAAGGUCGAAGCCCACCAGCCAGUCCUGACCACCUCACUGGUCAUCAGGAAGGUCCCCAAGUACCAGGAUGGUGCCUACAGCCACUGUGCCACAACCGUGAUGCAUGGCAUGCAGAAUCUCAGCCGGACCCAGCGGGAAGGGCACUGGAGGAUGCCCCCAGGGGCUUCCAAGGAGCCAGGCCCACUGGAGGAUGAAGAAGAGGAGCCUUCGUCAUUCAAGGCCGACAGUCCUGCCGAGGCCUCCCUUGCAUCUGACCCUCAUGAACUCCCCACCACAUCCUUUUGCCCUAACUGUAUACGUUUAAAGAAGAAGGUCCGAGAACUGCAGGCAGAACUAGCCAUGCUUAAGUCUGGGAAGCUUCCCGAACCCCCUGUCCUGCCACCCCCGGGGCUGGAGCUCCCAGAGUUCUCAGACCCUGCAGCCUCCGAGAGCAUGGUCUGCGGUCCCACUGUCCUGGAGGACGAUGACCAGGAGCUGGACUCGGCCGAUGAGUCCGUCUCCAAUGACAUGACAGCCACGGCCGAUGAGCCCUCCAAGCUGUCGGCUGCCACAGGGCGCCGGAUUCGGCGCUUCAAGCAGGAGUGGCUGAAGAAGUUCUGGUUCCUGCGGUACUCGCCCACCCUCAAUGAAAUGUGGUGCCAUGUGUGCCGCCAGUACACAGUGCAGUCAUCCCGCACCUCGGCCUUCAUCAUCGGCUCCAAGCAGUUCAAGAUCCAUACCAUCAAGCUGCACAGUCAGAGCAACCUGCACAAGAAGUGCCUGCAGCUGUACAAGCUCCGCAUGCACCCUGAGAAGACGGAGGAGAUGUGUCGCAACAUGACCCUGCUCUUCAAUACCGCCUACCACCUGGCACUCGAAGGCAGGCCUUACCUGGACUUCCGGCCACUGGCUGAGCUGCUAAGGAAGUGCGAGCUCAAGGUGGUGGACCAGUACAUGAAUGAGGGCGACUGCCAAAUCCUCAUCCACCACAUCGCCCGGGCACUGAGGGAGGAUCUGGUGGAGCGCAUCCGCCAGUCGCCUUGCCUUGGCAUCAUCCUAGAUGGGCAGAGUGACGACCUGCUGGCCGAUACGGUGGCUGUCUACGUACAGUACACCAGCAGCGAUGGGCCCCCAGCCACAGAGUUCCUGUCCCUGCAGGAGCUGGCCUUCUCCAGCACAGAAAGCUAUCUGCAGGCCCUGGACCGGGCCUUUGCCAGCCUGGGCAUCCGGCUGCAGGAUGAGAAGCCAACCGUCGGCCUGAGCGUGGACGGGGCCAACAUCACGGCUAGCCUGCGUGCCAGCAUGUUCAUGACCAUCCGCAAGACACUGCCCUGGCUGCUGUGUCUGCCCUUCAUGGUGCACCGGCCCCACCUGGAGAUCCUGGAUGCCAUCAGCGGCAAGGAGCUGCCCUGCCUGGAGGAGUUGGAAAGCAAUCUGAAGCAGCUGCUGAGCUUCUACCGCUACUCGCCACGACUGCUGGGUGAGCUGCGGUCCACAGCCGCCACCCUAUGUGAGGAGACCGAGUUCCUGGGGGACAUCCGGGCCGUGAGGUGGAUCAUCGGCGAGCAGAAUGUCCUCAACGCGCUCAUCAAGGACUACCUAGAGGUGGUGGCACACCUUAAGGACAUCAGCAGCCAGACCCAGCGGGCGGACGCUUCUGCCAUUGCCCUGGCGUUGCUGCAGUUCCUCAUGGACUACCAGUCCAUCAAGCUCAUCUACUUCCUGCUGGACGUCAUCGCCGUGCUGUCGCGCCUGGCUUACGUCUUCCAGGGUGAGUACCUGCUGGUGUCGCAGGUAGAUGACAGGAUCGAGGAGGCCAUCCAGGAGAUCAGCCGGCUGGCCGACUCCCCCGGUGAGUACUUGCAGGAGUUCGAGGAGAACUUCCGUGAGAGCUUCAAUGGCAUCGCCAUGAAGAACCUCAGAGUGGCGGAAGCCAAGUUCCAGUCCAUCCGGGAGAAGAUCUGUCAGAAGACCCAGGUCAUCCUGGCCCAGAGGUUUGAUUCCCGCAGCCGCCUCUUUGUGAAGGCCUGCCAGGUGUUCGACCUGGCUGCCUGGCCCCGGAGCAGCGAGGAGCUGGUGAGCUAUGGCAAAGAGGACAUGGUACAGAUAUUUGAUCACCUGGAAGCCAUCCCAGCCUUCUCGCGUGACAUCUGCCGGGAAGGGCUGGACCCCCGGGGCACGCUGCUCAUGGAGUGGCGGGAGCUCAAAGCUGAUUACUACGCCAAGAACGGCUUUAAAGACCUGCUCAGCCACAUCGGCAAGUACAAGCAGAGGUUCCCACUCUUGAACAAGAUCAUCCAGGUCCUCAAGGUUCUUCCCACAUCCACAGCUUGCUGUGAGAAGGGCCGCAACGCCCUCCAGCGCGUGCGCAAGAACCACCGCUCUCGCCUCACCCUGGAGCAGCUCAGCGACCUGCUGACUAUCGCCGUGAACGGGCCGCCCAUCGCCAACUUCGAUGCCAAGCGGGCCCUGGACAGCUGGUUCGAGGAGAAAUCUGGCAACAGCUACGCGCUGUCAGCCGAGGUCCUCAGCAGGAUGUCUGCCCUGGAGCAGAAGCCGGUGCUCCAGCCCCUGGACCACGGACCUGACUUUUACCCAGACAUGUAAGGGAGCCCCAUGCUGCAGAGUUCGCUAAGCUGGCUUGGUCCGAGGCUGGAAGGAGAUACCUCCCGCCCCCAGCUCCAGCUGAAGUGCCCCCUGCUCCCCACUCUGCAACCCCAGCCUAUGCUUAGGUGGCCCCAGCUGUUUGGCAGUAGGACGUGGCCUCUGCCCCCCUGGUGGGAGGACUCAUUGCACAAACUCCCCCAGCACCUUUCAGCAGCUCUGGGAGGGCACCAGGUAAGGUGCACAGACCUCUCCCGCUGCCACCUCCCCACCCCCAGAGGCCGUGCCCCGGGAGUUCAGCCGUCCCCCACCCUCACCUGCUCAGCCAACUGUCAGAGAAGCAGGCAGCAGGAGAAGCUUACUCUCUGGCUACAGCAUCGGCGACCAGGCAAAGGUGGGACAGACCUGUCCGCACAGACCCCACAGCAACCCACGUUCCGCAGCAGGACUCUGGCCGUACUCAGGACAAUGCUGUCCCCACUCUUCCUGCGUGCGCAAAGAGGCCGGUGGCCCCCUCACUUUGCCGCUGCCCUCACAGGCAGGUUGAGUUCAUGUACACUGUUCUGGUUCUGUGACCCGAGGC